UGUACUUUGUAUUAAAAUAUGUCUCGAUAAAUAUUUUUAUUUUUAUUUUUAGUUGAAGUGUUUUAUUAGAAGUUUCUAUGUUACAAAGAUACAGUAAAACUGUAGUAUCAAACAAAAUAAUUGAUCUUUGAAAUUUUAUCCAAUAUUCUAAUAUGGCUCUGGUUCGUGAAUUCAAAAUAUCAUUGGAACCUGCAAAUACUAAUGGAGACUUUAAGGACCUAUCCAGAUUUAGCGCAGAAGAGAACUUGACAAAACAAGAGCCACAUGAUAGAAAUGAUGCAAAGUCAUAUGAUACUUGCAUGCCAACCAUGAAAAAAUCUGAAGACAUUAACUCGAUUAAUAUAACUGAGGAUAAUAUCGGUGCGAAAGAAAAUAUUUGUCCUCAGACUGAGAACCUCUGUAAUGUAACGACUAAUUCAACCGAAAGAACGUAUUCUUCGAUGGAUCAUGCGAAAACCGGAAAUAUAAAGCGUAUUCGUCAAGAAAAUGAUUUCAUUGUAAUCGAUGAAGACAAUGAAAACGAAAAAACAUUAACAAAGCGUAAUGAUAUUAAAAGAUCCAAUAAAGAACAACGAAGAGAUAUGCGAAAAACAAGGGAAAAGAAGAUUGUUGCUUAUUGCAAUAUAUGUUUUUUGCCUUACGACAAUUUGAAUCAGCUUAAACGGCAUAAAAAUUUUUAUGCCAGGCAAAAUAAUUAUUCUUGUUCUAGUUGCUUCUCGAAUUCUUGCUCUCAUAUUAAACUAAAGAUUGAUAAAAAAAACGUCCUGAAAUCUUCUAAAUAUUGCUGUCAUUUUUGCAAACGAAUGUUUCGAAGGAAAAUAAUCUUACAAAGUCAUUUAUUUCACGUUCAUGGAAAGGAAAUAAGAGUAAACGUUGUAAACGAUUCAUUUUCAAUAAAUCAUUCAACUGUUUCAUAUUCUGGUACAUCAAGGAAGAGAAAAAUGCGGCAGAAGACAAUGGUGGAAUACAUUGUACAUCAUAAGAAAGUAGAUGCAAAGGAUUCAUCUGAAAAUUUAAACAACUCGAACGUUAAUAGCGCUUUACGUAUAACUGAACAAGGGAAUGAAUGGAUGGAUGAGGAAGCGGGCAAAUCGUCGACGGACAAAUUAGGUGCCGGUAUACCUCAAACGAGUCAGAAGUCGAAUGAAAAUAGAAUGAAACAACAGUCAUUUGUUAAAGUGCACGUCGAUUUGACCACGGUGAAGGCUCUUUUAGGAGUUUCUUACAUGUCUAAUGACGACAACCUUGACCUUGAAAAAUCUUUCCUGUAUAGUAGUAAUAUUAAUAGUAAGCGUUACGCAUUGCGAUCUUUAAAUAAUUCUAUAAAAGUAAAUAAGCGUUACGCAUUGCGAUCUUUAAAUAAUUCUAUUAAAGUAAAUAAUAGUGAGGCAACCACGAUCGUACGUAAAAAUGAUCAAAGCGAUAAUAAAGUUAGGAAACUUUUAAGUAUGUGUAAAAAAUGUAGCAUUUCGUUGAUAAGAUGCGAUGAUAAAUUGUCCACCAGAUCGAUUUCGAAUUCUUCAAUAGUUGCCACGUCUUCUCCUAGAGUUUUACAACCAAUUAAUGAUAUAUUUCGUAAAUGUGAAUUAUUGGAAAGGAAAAGUGAUAGUAACGCGUCACCUUCCAAAAAUCAUUUUUUACGAAGUAAUAAUUCUAAAGAUUUCAUUAAGAACGAUUCUUCUGUAAGAUCUGUGCCGGUAAAAAUUAAAAAACGAAUUACUAACAGUAAACCAAGCUUAUCUGUCACCUUAAAUUCUAAGCGUUUUGAUCGAUGUCGAACGUUGCCCAAAAAAGUCAAGUUUGAUCUAAGAAAGAACGAAUUGUUAGGAAAAGGAAAUAUUACGAAUCCCGAAAACUCAUCGUCUGAGAAGAAAUCGGAUUCUACAGGAUGUCAAAAUAAACAGUCUGCGAAUGCUGUUGCUAGAUUGAAGGAAGUAAAAGUAUCUUUGGUGAAGUUGCCAGAAAUAAAAAAGGAAUUGAUUAUGCCGGGAAUCAAUGAUAAUGCGCCGGCCAGUAUCAGCGAUUUUCCUUGUACAAUUUGUGAUAUGUUAUUGACCACAAAAAGACGUUUGAAGAAACACAUGAAGGAAUGUCAUACGGCAUACAUAUCAAGCAUAUGCCGAGCACGAUAUGCUUCGAAACGUCUUUUAUUGAAACAUUACUUACGAGAACACGACAUGAGGUUAUGCAAAUGUUGCAUUUGUUAUCAAUUCUUCAAUAGCCGAUUAUCAUUGAAACAACAUUUGCUUCUGCAUUGUAUUAGGAUAACGUUAUCGAAAAACGAUCGUCCUCUUUCCAGUAAAGAUAUGAAAUGUCAUUCCGAUGUAAAGGGAAACAAGUGCAAGAGAUCUGCGUUAAAUAUCUUGCUACGAUCACAAUCGACGGAACAUCAAAACGAUCGAAACGGAAGAGAAACGGAACAUCAAGAGAUUGAUGAUAAUAAUCGAGAAAAUCCAAAGGAAAAUUUAUAUGUUAGUACUAUCGAGAAUCUGACAAAUCAAGUUAACGAAAGGAAAGAAAAGGAUGUCGGUGUUCCUGGAAAAAUAAAUGAUCGGCAAGAAGAUCAGACAGUCUUCGUUGACUUAACAAACCCAUUGGAAUGUAAUAAUACGGAAGAUUCUCCUUCUAAAAAUAAUGAUUUGAUAGAUGAACCAAUACCGGAUACUCCGGCGUAUACUGCCGGCGAAUUUACCAUUUCUAAUACUAACGAGGAUGAGCAAAUUGAUUUCAUUUUGCAUGGAAAUGCGAUAGAAUUGGGUGAUAGUUGUAAUAAUGAGUCUAUACCGGAAAUAGAUGCUACAGUAAAUAAGAAGAAAUAUCCAUGUUCGAUUUGUGAGACACAGUUUCAAAAACCAGAAAAUUUGUUCCAACACCUACGCACCUAUGAUCUCUCCUUCAAUAAUUUCUGCGAAAUAUGUGGACUAUUCUUUUCAAGUAAAAAGAUAUUGAAGACUCACAAUAAUACUGCUCACAAUUUUGCCAUAUGCAGUUUGUACACCUUGCAUUGUCAAUUCUGUAAUCAAGGCUUUCGUACUGAAAAUAAUCUUCGAAUACACGAAUUUCAUUAUCAUGCAAGUGCAAUAACUGUAAACAACAUAAGAUUGACGGAGUUCUUGAAAGGUCUCAACGGUCCAUCUACUAGUACUAGUCCAUCUUUAGCAAAGGUUUGCAAUAUUUGUGGCCUAUAUUUUAAUACCUAUAAACGUUAUCAGUUGCACUCUAUGUAUUUUUAUAAAGGUCUUAUAUUCCAAUGUACAUUUUGUGGUAAUAUAUUCCACGGAUUGAACAUGAUACAUCGUCAUAACAAAAUGUUCCAUUAUCCUAGAAAUAGUUCAACGUCUUAUAAAUAUAAAUGUUCGAUUUGUUGCGAAGGUUUUGCUAUUGAAUCAUCAUUUCUUGCACAUAAAUUGCAUGUGCAUUCGAAUAGAGAACAUAUAGAAUCAUCGAUUUCGAAUAUCUCACCGUUUUCUAUACGUUAUAAUAAAAUGUGUAAGUCCUACGUAUGUUCCAAAUGUAAUAUUGAAUUCUAUAGCGUAGUCGAACUUUUAAUACACAUUGAAUAUUAUUCUAAUCGUGGCAAUCAUAUGUGCUUAAAAUGCCCUAGAAAAUGUUGUACGUUGCCAAUACUAAGCGAACACAUUAAUUUAACUCAUAACGAUAAUAAAUUUAUGUUCGGACAUAAGUGUGGUAUUUGUGGCGAAAUUUUAUUGUCUGAUAUUUCGUUCUUGUUUCAUAAAAAUCACCUCCACAGUGAUGACGUGGAAAAUCAGCAAGUCGUUUCCUCCUCUUAUAAAUCUUAGAAUGCAGACUUAAAUAUUAAUGAAAUCAUUGAUAACGAUAAGUUCGUUGUUGAUAAAGGACCAAUAAAAUUGUACACGGGUCUACUUCCUCUUUCAUUAAUUUGGUAAGAUGUUGUAUUUCGUGUCCGAUAUGUACUAUCAAAUUUGCAAAAGGACUACAUUUAAAGAAACAUUUAGCCGAAUAUAUUUAGAUUUCGAGGAUUAUCUCUGUAAUAAGUGUCAAAGACCAUUCGUUAAUUCUGACCUUUUAAAGAAGCACGUAGAAAAUCAUUUGCCACCGGGCAUGCCACUUAUCAAAUAUUAUUAUUACCAUUU